AUUUCAGCAGAAAUAUGAGGCUACAUAAGCAUCACCAUGGACCAGUCUGUGUGUCUGGAUGAUGACGACGACGAUAUCAUCUCCGAUAUCGUUAACACUGCUCAUCUCAACAUUGACCAGGAUCCUUUGAGCUCCACACUAGUCCACUCACCUACCACCGAUACACUGGACUCUGUGAUGCUGGAGCCUUCUCCUUCCGAAGACGGCAGCGAGGAGCAGGAUGGAGAGGAGCUGGCAAAAAGCACAUCAGUAAGUCCAAUCCCCGACGAUACUUCAUUGCAAGAUCUUGAAAGUGAUGCUGUAGAAGCAGCAGCAGCAGCAGCAACGACAACGGCAACAGCAGCAGCAGCGGAUGAUGUAGUAGAGGUGACACCUGCUGUUGAUGAUGAAGAAGUGAUCCCCCAAGUGGAGCCACAAGACCAACAGGAUAUAAUGAUAACGAUAACUUCACCCACCACAUUGGAUACUGCAGCAGCAUCAUCAAGUGAAGAUGAAAAGAAGUCACCAGGAGAAGAGGUACACCAAGAACCUGAAAGUGUCACAUUUGAAGGAACCGAAUCUGUUCUUGAAGAAAACUGCAAUGCACAAGAAAAGGAAGAUUUUCUUUUAGAUGAUGAAGAAUUUGAAUCAUUCACUGCAGAAGAAAGCCAGAUUGGAUUUGAACUCGGUUUGACCAGCUCUCCAAAACAAGUACUACCAGAAAAUUAUUCACACAGCACCGAUCACACUCCCCAUGAAAGAGAACGCCAUGUUUCUUCGUCUUCUAGUAAAACGCCACUAUCAUCAGAGGUUGUCAGGGAGAACAGUAUGAACCAGUUCUUCUCUGAAGUAUCACCCUCACUGGCUGAAGAGCCGGACGUGCCACUAUCACCCGCAGUCAACACAUCACCCGCAGUACCGAAACUAGUUGCUACCGAGAAUGUCAUUGUUCAGGCUGCAGUCUCCAGUCAUGGUACACCUGUCCAUCAAAGCCAACACAUCUCAUCCGCUGGACUUUCGUCGGUACCUUUCCAACAGUUCAUCGAAGACGUCAACACAGACGACCUCUUCACGAUGGGUCUUGACAUGAGCGAUUCUGACCGACGGCAUGACGCUUGGGUCCCUGUAGAGUCAACACAGAAGAUGCUCAAUGAGGUUGCUUCAGCACAAGAAAAACCUGAAUACUCUUCAGAAAUGCUCUCUACUCCAGGCAUCACAGUUGAAGAAGCACAACCUGAUCCCAUUCAAGAGAUGUUACGGAAAUUCAUGGGAGAUGAUGAAGCUGAUCUCAGGCAAACAAUGUCGGCUGAUGCUGUCUCCCAGGAUACUGAUGGCCUGUGUAAACUUGUGAAGAACGAAUGCUUCCGCGCUGCUGUUGAAAUGACUGGGAGGCUUUUGGUCGCUGCCAAACAAGGUCCUGAUAAUAUUGGGCAGGUCACACUGCACACACCUCACACUUUACAGAUUUGGUUUUGCAGAAUUGCAUUGUUGUUAAAGGUAAGUCAGAGAUCAGUGAAUCUCUCCAGAUCAAGCCACUAUUUCUCCAUAUUCAGAGGUUCUAUGGUCCCAUUUGGUCUUCGUCUUUUGGAUGCUCAGCUUCCAUUUUACCUUGGACACAACAAAGAUGCUGUAGACAAAUUGUAUUAUAUUCUUUCUGUUGUGCAACAGAUCAUUUCAAAUCUUGAAAGUGGUUUAUCAGAAGAUGGCUCUUCAGUGGAACUGUCUCCAGAAUCUAAGAAAGCUUCCCUUGAACUAUGGUCCAAGCGACAAUGUCAAGUGAUGUAUAUCAUUGCUAACAUACUUCUGUCCAUCAAGGAUUAUGUAGCUGCUCUCGAUGUCUAUCAAGAACUACUGAAGAAAGAUGUGGAUAGUCAGAGUGCUUUGCUAACUGGCAUUGGACGUAUAUUCCUGCAGAUGGGAGAUAUUGGAACAGCAGAAAGUUAUUUCAAGAAAUCUGAAGAUCUCAAUUCUGGAAUAAAACGCAGUGCUGCAAAGACUGCUUUAAACAAAGGACUUGUUGCAUUGUGUACCAGCAACUUUCACGAAGCAUUCCAGCAUUUCAAGGCUGCAGUUGUUGAAGACCCCAGUAAUCCUGUGGCAGUGAACAACAUGGCCGUAUCGUCACUGUAUUUAGGCAAACUGAAAGAUGCUCUGGACACUUUGGAAGACCUCGUCCAGUCAGACCCAACACACAACCUUCAUGAAGGCAUAUUAUUUAACUUAUGCACUCUAUAUGAACUGGAAUCAUCACAUGCACCACAAAAGAAGCAAGCCUUACUUAGCCUUGUCAGUAAACAUAAAGGGGACAGCUUUCAUGUUGCUUGUCUUAAAAUGUCAUAGAUUAAAUUUGACUCAAGGGACUUCUAACAAAUGAACCAACAACACAAGAUGGACGUUGGAUGCUUCAUCAGUAACUUUGAAUCACUUUUUGCUUAAAUGUGUAUAUAUAUAUAUGUAUAUAUAUAUAUAUAUACACACACAUGCACAUUAAAUGAAAUCCCUUUUCUGUAUUGAUUUAUACACAUGCACACCCAUGCAUACAUGACUUGUACUCACAUAUCGGUUUAUGUUAUGUAGAUACAUACAUCCAUACAAUGCACACACAUAUACACACACACAUACUAUCACACAGUAUCACAAUAAACGUUUGUUGAGCGGUGAUUGUGAUAUUAUAUUUAUUGGAAACAUCGACUAGCCCCCUACCCCAAAAUUUCAGGCCUUGAGCCUAUAGCAGAAAGACUUAUCAUUAUUAUUAUUAUUAUUAUUAUUAUUAAGUCGCCGAGCUGGCAGAACUGUUAGCACACCGGGCAAAAUGCUUAGUGGAAUUUUGUCCAUCUUUAUGUUGUGAGUUCAAAUUCUGCUGAGGUCGACUUUGCCUUUCAUCCUUUCAGGAUCGAUAAAAUAAGUACCAGUUGAGCACUGGGCUUGAUGUAAUUGACUAGUCUCCUCCCCCGAAAUUUCAGGCCUUGUGCCUAUAGUAGAAAGGGUUGUUAUUAUUAUUAUUAUAAUAAUUAUUAUUAGUAUUAAGGUAGUGAGCUGGCAGAAUAGUUAGCCCUCUGGGCAAAAUACUUAGCAGCACUUUGUCCAUUGCUAUGCACUGAGUUAAAAUUCUGCCUAGGUAGACUUUGCCUUUCAUCCUUUCGGGGUCAAUAAAAUAAGUACCAGUUGAAUGCUGGGGGUUGAUGUAAUCGACAUAUCUGCUCCUCACGAAAUUGCUGGCCUUCUGCCAAAAUUUGAAGCCAAUAUUAUGUAUAGUAGUAGUGAUCUUGGGAAUCAGUUGGGUGGCAGAAACAGUAAUACUGCUCCAAAUGCCAUACAACAUUUAGCUUCACCUCUCAUACAUUCCAUGCUCAGGUCCCACUGCAAUGGCAGGGAUCAGGGCAAAAAAUUCCUUGCUGUAUGUAAUUCAACCCUGUUCUGUGUAGCAAUUCUUUACUAUUCACUCUCACCUCACACCAGUCCCAGUGGAAAAGUAGUACACACACACACUACAUAUAUAUACACACAUAUACAUGCAUAUAUACAUAUAUAUACACACAUACAUACAUAUAUACACAUGCACACAUAUAUAUAUACACACACACAUGCAUAUAUAUAUAUGCACAUACAUAUACACGUAUACAUACGUACAUACAUACACACAUACAUACAUACAUACGUACGUACAUACGUACGUACAUAUACAUACGUAUAUAUACAUAUACGUACAUAUAUAUACAUACGUAUAUGUACAUACAUCCGUACGUAUAUACAUAUGUACGUAUAUACAUACAUACGUACGUACAUACAUACAGACACACACGUACGUACAUACAUACACACAUGCAUACACAUACAUAGUACAUACAUACAUACACACGUAUAUACGUACGUACGUACAUACAUACAUACAUAUAUAUAUACAUACGUACAUAUGCACAUACAUACAUAUACACUCACAUAUACAUACAUAUAUAUAUAUAUAUAUAUAUAUAUAUAUAUAUAUAUAUAUAUAUAUAUAUAUAUAUAUAUGUAUGUAUGUAUGUAUGUAUGUAUGUAUGUAUGUAUGUAUGUAUGUAUGUGUGUGUGUUUGUGUGAUAAAAAUUGACAGAAGCAUUAAAAUGUUGGGGAAAAUGGAAAAAUAAUUUGCGGUAUUCUGAAUUUUUGCAUUCUGAGUUUAAAUUCUGCUAGGAUCAACUUUGCUGCUCUUCCCUGUGGGGCCAAUAAAAUAAAGUGCUGAUUACAUCAACUAAAUCUUUACCCUAAAAUUGCUGCUUUGUACCCAAACCAGAAACAAUUAUUAUUAUUAUUAUUAAUAAUAGUAGUAAGUGGUUGAUAAUAGAAUCAGAAAAACAUUGGACAAAAAUGUCUUGUAGUGAUUAGCUAGUUUCCUCUAGUUAAAAUCCUUCAGAAGUCGACUUUGCUUUUCAUUCCCCAAUCUUCACUCCAUAAUCCCUGCUAGUUAAAUCAAUUGCACCCUGCUCACUUUUCAAGUUGUGGCCUUCCAAAGGUAGCAAUCACUUUUCAUUAUUAUUAAAGUAACAAGCUGGUACAGCAGCAUUUCUGAGUUCAAAUACCACUCGAGGUCCACUUUGCCUUUCAUCCUUUCAGGGUCAAUAAAUUAAGUACCAGUAAAACACUGGGGUCGAUGAAAUUGACUUACCUCCUCCCCAAGAUUUCGGGCCUUGUGCCUACAAUAGAAAGGAUUAUUAUUAUUAGAAAAGGAAUGAGACCCCUCCCUCCCAGUUAAAAUGUUCAAACUCUGAUCAUCUGUCACCCAGUCAUUUUGUUAGCUGAUAUAAAUGUAAUGCCCUCUUAUGAACUGUGAAAUAAAUAAACUAAUAUGAAAAAUAAAUCGAUGGGAAAUUGUUUAAAAAUAAGUUUUAAAUGAAGAGACAACCCAAGUGACAUUUCUUUUAAUUACAAAAAAAAUAAUAAUAAGGAAUCAAUAAAAUCUAAACAAUU